AUGAUAUUACAUGCAGCCCAGUCGGCCACGUACGAAUUCAUGAGCACAGACGAGUGUCCGAUUGACAAGUGUUUGCAAGCAGCCAAUCGAGGCCUGCAAUUGUGUGACGCCGGGGUGGAAGACUGUGAGAAUACGAACACGACCUAUCGAUGUCGUCGUGGUGUCCCGUUGCUAGAUGAAUGUAACGAAAUCAGUGAAGGUAAGUCGAUACACAGGAGCCUGGUCGUAAAACGCCGGUGA